AUGCCACGUGAAGGGCUCAGUCGUGAUGAUGAUAAGUUACGCUUCAAAUCAGUAUUAGCUAAACAAAAGAAGGGGAAGGGGGGAAUUGGCUGUGUGUAUAGAUUACAAAGCGUAGAUAUUUACGCUUUAGUCUUGUUUCAAACUCACCCUCAAACCAUAACAUUUGCUUUAACUCCAGUCGGUUUUGAACAUUCAGGUAGCCCAAGUUUAUUAUCAUCACUCAACGCAUAUUACCCGUCUUUUUCAUUCCAACAAAUCCAAUUUAAAUUAGAUAAGAAAAAAAACAAAAACGUUUACUUCAUUAGCAGUAGAUUUCAGUUUGGGUGGCACUUAAAUUAUAAUCAACAGCUUGACAGGAGCAAAGGUGAAGCCUAUGUUCGACAGGAAUUCACAGCUUCUUUAAUCAUUCUGCAUGUUAUGCUUAUGAUAACAUUUAAUGUACAAAGAAUUUCAAUUAUUUACAAGAUUCUUAAAAAAAAGAAGUAUCAAAAUUUACAGCCUUUUCUGUUUAAUUUUGGCAAGUCCGCAUCAGGCGAUGCCUCUAUCCCGUUACAAACACGUGCAACUGGUUAUCUCGAAUAA